AGUCGUGCUCUUUUUGCUCAAUGGGGAAAUCUAGCAAGAGUUCCUCCUUGGAACAAGAUUUGGAUUCUCUGAGAGUAGAUUUUGCUUCUAUCAAAGACGAUGUGGCUUCUCUUGCUGCAACUUUGAAAUCAAUACUUGAUUCGAUGCCGUCUAAGGAGGAGUUACUUGCCAUGGUUACCUCAAUCCAAGAACUUUCAAAGAAAGUGGCAAAGAUACCUGCAGCUUCAGUUGCUCAAGUUAAUUCAUCCUCUAAGGAUCACAAGAAGGCUGCUGAAGCAGAUACCAAUACUCCUAGAAAAGAGAGCAGUAGUAAUGUUUCCAGCAAGGAAUCUGAUACACUGGAGAAAGGAACCCUGAAACGAAUGUUGCUUCCGUGCUCUUCUUCUGAUAAUCGUCUUGAAAAGACCGCUGAGAAAAGUGAUGAAGGUGAAGAGCCUGCCAAGAAAAAGGCUAAAUCAGAUAUCAAUUAUACUUAUAAAAAAGCGAACAUUACUCGUCCGUUUCCUGUCUAUGCGGAUGCUCAUCCUCUUGAAAAGAAUGCUCAGGUAGGCGAGAUAGUCGAAUUCGAAAGGCAACCUGGGGGGAGUUGUGAUGGUGGCAUCCUUUUCGUAAAGGGAUAUGAUUCUUCGCUUUCUGAGGAUGAUAUCGCGGAAGCAAUGCUUGAGCAUUUCUGUCCAUGUGGAAUGAUCCGAAGAAUUUAUUUUCAAACAAAUGGAACCACACCUAUUUUACGACAUGUUUUCGUUGAAAUGUUACAAGGCACAGUGGCCGCUUUAAAACUUAAUGGAAGUGACCUGGGAGGAUUUAAACUUGAAGUUCAUGAUGCUAAAGAGAGAGACGAAUUCUAUUUCACUCGCGAUCUGGAUUUUCCUUUUAUCCCCCCGAAAUCUCGUCGUCAUGAGCGUUGGGAUCCAAGUAGAUUCACAAAAGAAUCGCCUCCGGUGUAUGGCAUUGUCAGUUCUAGCAAGAUCAACAAGUAAUAGAGACCAGCUGCAGCUAGCUAC